GAGAGACUUAGACACAGAGUCUCAUGCACAGCCCUCAGAGGGAAACCAGGCAGUCGAAACAAAGUUCUGACAAACUCCUGACUCUUCGCCUCCUGUUGGGUUCACUGGAAUUUGACAAACAAAUGAAGACAUGUUUGUUUCUUUAAUAUUUUUUUUUAAUCGUGUGAAGACAUGAAUCAUUGGAGGUGCACAACAGGAAGCUUUUUAGUGCAUGCUCUUGAUUCAGGGGCUUCCGUUCUCCCUGGAUCCCACAUGCAGGACAUUCCAGUUUCCCUUCUUCAAUGAACAAAGCACAUUCAUGUCCAAAGCAGCUGCAUAGCAAUAAUCCUUCAAGAUGGCAGUCACUUCACUCUACGUUACAGAGGAGCCAGGAGCUGGCUUAACCGAUGUGGACAUAUGUACUCUUGAGAUUAAUAUGCAGCAUGAAGUCAUCCCGUCUAUUGUCUGCUCUGUUUGCCUUUCAUUCGGCCUCAUCUACUGCUUUUUCGGAUACCGCUGCUAUAAGCUGGUCCUGUUCUUCUCAGGCUUCAUGUUCGGAUCUGCAUCCGUGCUCUUGCUUUACCAUGUGGAGCCUGCAUUAAACGUCCAGCUGGGCCCAGAGACGAAGGCGGGCAUCGGCCUGGGUGUCGGCGUGCUGUGUGGACUGAUGACUAUGCUGGUGUCCGCGGUGGGACUCCUCCUCAGCGGCCUGCAGCUGGGAAGCCUGCUCUCCCUCUCCAUCCUGGUGGUUAUUGGACAGUUUCACAGCCUCACUCCGGUGUGGCUGCCGCUCUGUGCUGUGCUGGCUGCCAGCAUCACCACUGCGGUGUUCACACUUCAGUGGCCAAAACUGUUCAGCAUCAUCUACACAUCUGUGUUUGGUGCAACAACCGUGAUGAUCUGUGGGGACUACCUGGUGGGGACAUUUAUGCUGCCUAAUCAGGUGUACGAUAUGUUUUGUCAAGUUGCCCCGCGACGGCUCUGCUGGUUUAACUGGGCAGUCACUGGGAUCUGCCCUGUUUUGAGUCUCUCAGGAUUACUGGUGCAGUGGUGGAUAACUGCAAAAGGAGUGUCACACACAGGAACUGCACAUGAAAAACAAAAGAAGCACAGCAAGCUGCACAAAUGUAGAGAACCAACAAGAAGACCUCAACAUUAUCGUCGGCGCAGGCCUCCACCACUGAAACGCUACGCUGGAGACGUCCUGGCACCGAGUUAUCUCCAGCGCCUAAAGGAGCAUCAGAUGGGGACGGGCUCAUCCACCAGCAGCGUCAGCACUAUCACACACACUCUAAUUGACUUUGAGACAGGCUCCAUGGUGCCUCUGACCGCUGCCUCCCCCAUCUUUACAGUGUGAACAAACGCAGCAUCAACAGCACUUCAAAAAUCUGAGGAACCCACUGUAACAUCCACAUGAUCAAAUACUCAUUUUGAAUUGCUGACUUUCAGGAAAACUAUUCAAGUAUUUGGAUCACUGGUCUGAAUCCUCAUCGGAUAAUCAUCAACAUGCACACUGUUUUAUUUUAAAUGCUUGGAGAUCAUCUCCUUAAAGAUUACAAACAAAUUUGUGCUGCAUCCACAGUCAUCAAGCUUAUCAUGGCGACAUCUUUUGAGCAGUUUAUCUCACACACUCUUCUCUUCAUGAGCAAACUGUUUGCGUUAUACAGAUCCAGAAAACUGUCCUCUUCUCUUGUCCUGAUGGAAACUGUCCAUGGAUGCAAACAUAAACCAAAGACAUGUCAAGAAUUGUUUGACAUUAAAGAAUUAACAGAAAAUGUAUACAAGCACUUGCAAUUAAAUUAAGGACACUUUCACUCUGGAUGAAGAAGAAAUGGGAUUUAAGUGACUUUGAAUGUAAUAAAGACAAAAUAUCCAGUGAGCAGCAGUUUUCUGGGCCAGAAUGCCUUGUUGAUGCCAGAGAUCGGAGGAGAAUGGGCAGACCGGUUGGACAUGAUAAAGGCAACAGGAAGUCUAAUAAGCACUGGUUCCAACCAAGGUCUGCAGAAUAGCAGCAGAAGACCACACUGAGUGCCACUCCUGUCAGAUAAGAACUGAGGCUACAAAACUGGACAGUAGACGAUGGAAAAAGGUUGCCUGGUCUAAUUAGUCUCAGUUUCAGCUGCAGUAUUCUGAUAGUAGGAUCAGAAUUUAAAGGAAACCACAUGAAAGCAUAGAUCCAUCCUGCCUUGUAUCAAUGUUUCAGGGUGCUGGAGGUGUAAUGAUUUGGAGGGUAUUUUCUUGCAACAUUUGGUCUCCUUAGUACCACUUGUGCAUCAUUAAAACACUACAGCCACCACAGUGUAGCAUCUUCUGAUGGCUACUUCCAGCAGCAUGUGCACCAUGUCACAAAGCUCAAAUCAUCUCCAUCUGGUUUGACAAUGAGUUCACUGGACUCCACAGUCACCAGCUCUCAAUCCAGUAGAGCACCUUUGGGAUGUGGUGGAAGAGGAGAUUUUUCAUUAUGAAUGUGCAGCUGUCAAAUCUGCAGCAACUGUGUGAUGCUGUCAUGUCAGUCAUGUUAAUUAAGGCAGUUCUGAACACAAAAGCAGGUCCAACCUGGUGCUAGCAAGGUGUACCUAAUAAAGUAGCCUGUGUGUAUAAGAGAGAAUGUGUAAUUCUGGACAAUAAAUAUUGAUUUAAUACUGAUUUAAAACUUAGAAUGACACUCUACUGCUUUCUUAUGUGAAUAUUAAUU